AACUUCUUAACCUUCUUGGCUUAUAAAUAUCUUUGGAUCCCUUAAGUUCCUAGAGGUUUAUAACCAACCAUAAACAAAGAGAAGAAUCAAAAGAAGAUCAGAGGGAGAAAGAAACAUACUUAGAGAGAUUAUGAAGAUGUUGUUUUUCUUGAUUAAAUCUUUGUCCAGGAUCGUCCAUGAAGAAAUUCCAGUCCAUGAGCAACAACAAUAUGAGACAGAUCAUGGCGGUGGCGUUGGAGGCAGUGGAGGAGGGACUUGCACAUCGUUGACAGUUUGGAGAAAGUCUCUUCUAAUAAGUUGCAAUGGAUUUACAGUGAUUGAUUCCAAGGGAAAUCUCAUAUAUCGGGUUGACAAUUAUAUUGGACAUCCUCAAGAAAUUAUUCUUAUGGAUGGCUCUGGAAAAUCCGUCCUCACUAUGCAUCGCCGAAAGAAACUUGGGAUGAUAGAUAGCAGCUGGUUUGUGUACAAAGGAGAAGUUGGAGGUUUCUGUAGGGGAAAAUCAUCGAAGACGAGGCCAAUUUUCUGCAUUAGGAAGAACAUUAACAUUUUGAUCAAUGGGAAUCCUAAUGUGCUUGCAUAUAUAUACAGAAACACAUCGGAUAAAAGAAGUGCUUACUGGAUUGAAGGUUCAUACAAAAAUCGAUCAUGCAAGGUGUUAGAAUCUGAGUCUAAAAAAGUGGUUGCUGAAACCAGGAAGAAGGAAGCCAUUAGUGGAGGAGUCUCUUAUGGAGUAGAGGUUUUUCAGUUGAUUGUUCAUCCCGGUUUUGAUUCUGGAUUUGCAAUGGCUCUGGUUUUGCUCUUGGAUCAAAUGUUUUCCUGAUUUUUAUAUCUAGUAUUUUUUUUUUUAUUUUCUGUACUAUCUUUGAAUUUUAUUUUAUUUUUUUUGUUUUCCGUAUAACGGAUUUGAGUAUUAUAUAUGUAUAAUAAGUACAAGCUUAGCCAAAAAAAAAAAGCAAAUAGUAUAUUCCAUAGGUGUAUAUACGUAUAUGUAUAAUAUUGUGUACGGUAUGAGACUGCAAUUACCAAUAUAUAAAAUUAUAUAUCAUGAGAGA